CCUGUUUUCUUUUAUCGGUGGCUAUGGGGAGAUGUUUGUUUUUUUGUGCAGUCUUUUUGCUGUUGACAGGGUCCUUGCAAGCAGUUGUUUCAGCUGGAAGCAGCAGUGCUUUAAGGUGCAGCUUUGGCUCUAAACUGUGCAAGGACGCCUCUGAGUGUGUCCGCUACAGCAGUGUGUGUGACGGCGAGCCUGACUGCAGGGAUGGCUCAGAUGAAGACGACUGUGCGUCUGAAUGCAGCAAAGACCAGUUCCAGUGUGCCCAUGGAAGGAAGUGUGUAGCAAAGGAGCAGGUUUGCGAUGGUGUACCUCAGUGUCAGGACCGCUCUGAUGAGCUGCAGUGUAUGACACAAACAGAGGGCUGUGUUCACAACUGUGACAACCGCAGUCGCUGCUUGCCAGCGAGCUUCCUUUGCGACGGAGAGAAGGACUGUUUGGAUGGCACAGACGAGGCCAGCUGUGGGGAUGCUGAGGAAGAUGGGAAGGAAAAAGAAGAAGGGGCCGUUACAACCCCUUCUGUAUCUGUUGGUCCUUUGCCUGUCAAAUGUCCACUGGGUGCCAAAAUCUGCAAGGACAAAUCCGAUUGUGUCCAUUACAACCACGUCUGUGAUGGAGAAACAGACUGCAGAGAUGGCUCGGACGAGGAAGACUGUGACACAGCAUGUGAAACAGAGCAGUACCAGUGCGCUCAUGGAAGGAAGUGCAUUGAGAGGAGCCAGUUGUGUGAUGGUGUACCUCAGUGUCAGGACCGCUCAGAUGAAAUGGAUUGUUCCAAGCACAUGGAAGGCUGCACUCACCACUGUGACAACAAGAGCCGCUGCGUUCCCAACAGCUUCCUCUGCGAUGGAGAGAGGGACUGUUGGGAUGGAAGCGAUGAGGAAAACUGUGCCGAUGAGGUCUGCAGUGCCACUGAAUUUAAGUGCACCAGUGGCCAGUGUGUGUUGGCCACAAUGCACUGUGACGGUCAUCCAGACUGCAGGGACGGCUCAGACGAGGAGAGCUGUACCAAAGCUCUGGCCUGCACCACCAAACACCGCUGCCCCCACAGCAAGGAGUGUUUGGUACAGGAGUGGAUCUGUGAUGGAGAUCGAGACUGUAAAGAUGGCACGGACGAGAAGGAUUGUCCCAUGGCUCCUCUAACCUGUGGUGAGUUCCAGUUGUCAUGCAAGUCCAAGACGAAGUGUAUCCCUACAGCCUGGAGGUGUGAUGGUGUGAAGGACUGCGACGAUGGCAGUGACGAGACUGAAUGUGGCGCGGUGACUUGCCUUCCGCACCAGUUCCACUGUAGAAGUCAGGAAUGCCUGGAUCCAUCCCUGGUGUGUAAUGGAAUUACUAACUGCGCAGACGGCUCUGAUGAGGGAGGAAGCUGCCAAACGCGGUGCACGGAGGCCGAUCGGCAGCGCUGCUCCCAGAGCUGCUACAGUACACCGCAGGGAACGCGUUGUCACUGUAAAGCAGGAUUCAGGCUCACGGAGGACACGGUGACCUGUGCUGAUCUUGACGAGUGUGAAGGUCGGAGCCCGGGUGUGUGCAGUCAGCUGUGCGUCAACUCACCCGGCUCCUACAGAUGUGAUUGUCACCCGGGCUACAUCAUUGACGCCAAUGGACACCACUGUAAAAUCACAGGGGAACCUUACCUGUUGUCAUCGAUCCAGACGGACCUGUUUGUGUUUGGACUGCGCAGUGGCAGCCUGGAUGUGUUGUCCUCCACUGCCCAGAAGGCCAUCCUGUCUCUGGACUAUGACUGGAAGGAACAGAGGGUCUUCUGGGUCAGUCUGGACUCCGAGAGCAUCAGGUGGUCCUCGCUCUCCCAAAAGACCACAGGGACAAUGAUCACAGGCGUGAGGGCAGACUGCAUAGCUGUAGACUGGCUCGGCAGGAACCUGUACUGGAUCGACGGGGUGAACAGUCAGAUUGUUGCCAUCAGAUUGGCCGCAGGCCCCUUGAAAUCACUGGACCACAGUGUCAUCCUGGACGAAGACCUGGAUCAGCCCCGCUCUCUGGCCCUGCUGCCACAGAAAGGUCUGAUGUUCUGGACAGACAUCGGUAAUGUAGUGAAGAUUGAGCGGGCGGGGAUGGACGGCUCCGAGAGGAAGGCAGUGGUGAACUCCAGUCUGGGCUGGCCUGGUGGCAUCGCUGUGGACGUGAUCUCAGACAGGGUCUACUGGACAGAUGAAAGACUUGGGGCGAUUGGCUCUGUGACACUGAAUGGAGAUGAUAUCCGGAUUCUACAAACGAAAGAAACCACCAACCCAUUCUCGCUGGCAGUGUUUAAUGACAUGCUCUACUGGUCUGACGCCAAGAGACGAGUGGUGCAGGCUGCUCAUAAGAUCUCUGGCAAGAACCGGCAAGUUCUCCUGAAAAGACCUAAACAGCCUUUUGGUGUGAAGAUUAUUCACCCAUGGCUCCAGAUGGGCACUCGGAGCCCCUGUGAGAAAAUGUACUGCUCCCACAUGUGUGUGUUGGCCCAAGGACCCAAAGCCGUCUGCAAGUGUCCGUCUGGACUUUUACUGUCUGCCGACGGGCUGACCUGUUCCAGCCUGGUCAAUUCGGCGUUCCUGCUCAUGCUGUCUCCUUCUACGGUCACCCAGAUUUACCUGCAGUCACGUCUCACAGCGGCAGAGCUGAAGGGCUGGCCCGAGCACCUGGCCCUACAGUUGCCCACCGUCAAUGAAGCGGUCAUCAUGGACUACAACCUACGCGACAACACUUUGUUCUUGACUGACGAUGGCACAAAUUCACUUAGCGCCUUCAAACUGAAGGACUCGGACUUGGUGUCCCCGGGUCAGCUUCUCAAACUCCUGGGUGAUACCAUCACUGCCAUGGCCCUGGACUGGGUGACUCUGAACAUCUACUGGAGCAGCAGUAAACAGCCCCGCCUGCAUGCCACCUCCAUCAUGGGUGCCUUCACCACAGUUCUCAUCAAGGAGGGAAUUGGGAGAGUGGGGUCCAUCGCUCUCCAUCCUCCCAGUGGCAGAGUUUGUUUCACUAACCUGGGUCUGCAGGGCACGGGCACCGUGGCGACCGUAGAGUGUGCCAACAUGGAUGGUGCUGAGCAGAGAGUGGUGUGGAAGGAUGCCGUCCAGCCCUCAUCUCUGGUCUUCUCUGCUAAUGGGGAUGGAAUUUACUGGGCUGACACUGCUCUAGGAAGCAUCGGCUGUGUCUUGUUUGAUGGCUCUGCGUACAGAGAGUUGAAGGCUGGUGAUGGCCUGGUCGCUGUGGCCGUUAGUGACGACACACUGCUCUGGAUGACUGUCACUGACAAAACCAGACUCUGGUACAGAGACGAACAGCAGCAGAACAAAAUGUGGUUUGAAGUUGGUACACAAGUGGUCAGCCUGAAGGCUUUUAGCAAGUCAAGUCAGUCUGGUUCCAACAAAUGCACACACAACAACGGAAACUGCCAGCAUUUAUGCCUCGCCACCCCGGCAGGCCGGACGUGCAAGUGCGGCCAUGAUCACGUCCUGGUGAAUGCUACUCACUGUAAACUGGACCAGAGCUGCCCAGUGGGCAGAAGACCGUGUCUGGAUCAGCUCUCAUGCCAACCUAUUGAGAAGUUCUGCGAUGGUCGCGUGGACUGCUCGGACCACUCGGAUGAGAACUGUGUCGAUCAGAAACAAUGGUUGGAAGUCUUUGCUCCCAUCCAGCCUCACAGCUCCUCUCCACCCUCGUCUCUCCCUCCACCGAAACCCACGGACGUGAAGGCGACCCUGAACGUCAGUGGCCACCUCUUGAACCUGGAUACCCAGCAGUGCAGCCAGAAACGCUGCAGUGGCAAUGGAGAGUGCGUCAAAGUGGGUGGAGACACCAACUGUGAAUGCUCACUCGGUUACACCGGGGAUUCCUGUCAGGACCACCUCCUGAAGACCAUGCAAGGUCCCAUCGUGUACGGUGCUGCGGGGAUCUGUGUGGGCGUGGUGGUCAUCGCUGUGAUGGCAGUUGUGGUCAAGAGGAAGAAGAGUGCCAACAUGAGGAGAGCCAGCUCAGCAGCUAUGAAGGAAACGAGUAUGACGGACCUGAAGAACAAAGAAGAGAACACCCCGGCCCCAGUAGACGCAGAGAAGCCAGAGGAAGUGGUAUCGUCUGUGGACUGAGGCUGAUGAUAUGGACGAGCAGGGUUUUUUUUUUUUUAAAUAAAC